GUUGCUCGCGAUUCCGAUUCCCAUUUCCCAGUCGCUGCGUCCGCGAGGUGAAAGGUCAUCCGGGAAACGGCCAACUGUUGCAAGUUGAGCUCAGCAGGGAGCAGGCUGCAGGUUGCAGGUUAAUGGCUCCAAUUACUGCUUAAAGUGCAACAAAUUACGCGUGUGCAAUUGAUUAAUGGCUUUGUAAGCCAGUUGGAGGCGGAGAAAAGCUGAUUGUAAGCCGAGGAUUUGUUUUAACGACGCGUCGGGUCAAGCUGACCCCAUUUUCAUAUUAACUGGCAAUAACAAUACAAAAAUAAGCACAAUGGCCAACUCAAAACGAAAGGUGCCCACGAAAUCCAGUACCACAGAGGACUCUACCGAGGAUAAAGAUCUUCCCAGGACUACGGAUAAAUCGCCCACAAGAGUAGCUCCCCCAGAUGCCAAAGGCUCCUCCCUCCUGAACAACUUUUUCAGAGAUUGCCUAAGUCACGACCCUAGGAAUUUCUCCAGUUUGUCCCGCUUUACCAGCUGGCUACAGAGACCCGUGGAUGGAGCAGCCUUGGGCGUCUUCAGGUUGCUCUAUGGAGCAGCCAUGCUGAUUGACAUUGCAGAGGAGCGAGGCGGUGGGCAGCUGGAUGUGCGAUUCCAAGACCCGCUCCACUGUCACUUCCCACUCUUCAACGGGAUGCGGGCAUUGGCCUAUCCGUUGAUGGGCUGCGUCUACCUGUGCAUGUGGCUGGGCGCCUGGGGCAUCAUGCUGGGCUACCGAUUCCGGACCAGCUGUCUGGCCUUCCUGGUUCCCUACUGGUACAUCUUCCUGCUGGACAAGCCGACGUGGAAUAACCACAGCUAUCUCUUCGGUCUGGUGGGGAUCUUACUGCUCUUCACCCAGGCGGAGUCCUACUGCUCCCUGGACAGCUGGCUAAAUCCCCGAAGGAGUCGCUGUAUUCCCUACUGGAACUACUUCAUCGUUAAAUUUCAGUUCUUUGUUUUGUACACGUAUGCAGGUCUAAAGAAAUUCUCCCUGGAGUGGCUAUCGGGCUAUGCAAUGUCCAAUCUGAGCCACCACUGGGUCUUUGCUCCAUUCCGCCAGGUGAUUGAUCCCGAGCUGAUUGACCUACUGAUCGUGCACUGGUUCACCGCCUUCUUCGACCUGUCCAUUGCCUUUUUUAUGACAGUGGAGAAGACGCGCCUGCUGGUCACUCCCUUUAUGCUAAGCUUUCACCUCAUGAACUCCCGACUCUUUAUAAUAGGCAUGUUUCCCUGGGUUUGCUUGGCCGAGGUGCCGCUCUUCUUCAGCUUCGACUGGCCCAGGAGGAUAAGCAGAUGGUCGAAGACUCCCCUGCUCCAGCCAAAAGAAACAACAGAAGAGCUGGGCAAGCCGGGGAUCCUGGCCAGACUGCGCACGUGCUUAAUCCUCGGCUACUGCGGACUACAGCUCUUCCUGCCAUACUCUCACUUCAUCACCAAGGGUUACAACAACUGGACGAAUGGCCUCUAUGGCUACUCCUGGGACAUGAUGGUGCACUCGUACGAUACGCUGCAGACCUCCAUCCAGGUGGUAGACAAUGAGAGUCGGCAGGUGCACAACUUGAAUCCGUAUGCCUUCACGGAGUACGAUCGCUGGACGAAGUACGCAGACAUGGCUGUCCAGUAUGCCAAGUGCAUUGAGGAGAAUCUCCGCCAGGGACAGCCAGAGAUGGCGAAAAACAUCUCCAUCUACUUCGACAUCUGGUGCUCGAUGAAUGGUCGCUUCCAGCAGCGAUCCUUUGAUCCGCGUGUGGAUCUACUCCGCGCCAAGUGGUCGCCCUUUAAGAGCACCUCCUGGUCGCUACCACUGCUGAACGAACUGAAUCACAUGCGGCCCAAGUUGCGGACCAUCGAGACCGAAGUGCUGGCCUGGAACAACUACUCCGAUGUGAUUUUCGUGGCCGAUUUCCCUGGCCUAACGCUGACGAACUUCAUCUCCCCGGACCUCAUCAACUGCACGCUGACCAUCCUCGAGGGAAACGUGCGGUACAGGAACGAGCGGGAUCCGGAGGCCUAUUUCCUUACAGCCGGCAAGAGUAUCGGUCUGGAGAGCAACAUCACCCACUUGGUGACCACCAUUGGCCAGAAACCGGCUUCGUAUCUGUUCACAUACACCAACAAGACAAUGCUGGAGCAGGGCAUCACGAUAGAGAAACCGCAGACGGAGGAGCGUUCUAUCCUGCCGCUGUGGCAGGAGUUCCAGCACCGGGUGGCGAACUACCAACAGUUUCUGGGCCACAUUGGCAACUGCCUGAUGCACUUGCUCUACGAUGUGCCCAUUCCGCAGGCCGUGAAAGAGAGAGAUUGAAAGUGAAGGCUAACCAUCGGAACUGUUUCGGUUUUCACUUGAUCAUGAUUCGAUUCGAAAUCAAAACUUAAUAGAACAUUUAUAAAAACCUCAUAUUUUAAAUCCUUCAGCAUUACUGUUUUAAUCUAAACCUUAAGGAAAGUGGACUACAUAUAUGCCUUACUUUUGUUUGGGUAAAUAUAUUUUUAUCUAAAUUAUACCUUCACAAAUCCACAUCGAUAUUCCACUAUCCCGAGGUAAAAUAUUUACAUGGAGUAAUUGCAUUUAAUAAGGGUACAUUAAUGAAAAUUUAUACUUGAACUGAUGAAUUUUACGGAUUGUGAAACCCAGAAUAUACAAUCAAACGAAUCCCGACAAUGUGAAAACCGUAACAGUGCGAUAAAACCGAAUGUAUGGG